GAGAGAAGAUGGAGAUAAGGCUCUAAUCCUGCAACUUUCUCUUCUCAACAAUGGCCACAGAGUUUCAGGGAGACAGUCGAUUCUUACACAAUUGCGGCAUCACCAAAUUUUGGAAGCCUUAUACCUUCAAUAACAUCGAGUGUUAGAUAUUCAAGCUUUCUGAGUCAAAGAAGAAAUAGUAUAGAGGAGGAUGCUAAAUCUCCUUUAUUGUCUGAAUAUGAAAGUGUUCAUGAGAAGGAAGACUUGGCUAGGAUAUCAACUACUCAAUCAUCAUGGUCAGCCAAAGCUUCACUUCAUGGAGAAUUACCUAUUGCUCAUGGAUGUAGCCUUACUCAAACUAUCUUCAAUGGAAUUAACGUAAUGGCUGGAGUUGGGCUUCUUUCAACGCCUUAUACGAUAAAAGAAGCCGGGUGGGCAAGUUUGAUAGUGCUUUUGAUGUUUGCGGUUGUGUGUUGUUAUACUGCAUGUCUCAUGAGAUACUGCUUUGAGACCAAAGAAGGCAUCCUUACCUACCCAGACAUUGGUCAAGCUGCCUUCGGCAGAUAUGGACGUCUUUUAAUAUCAAUCAUCUUGUACACAGAAUUAUAUUCAUAUUGUGUGGAAUUCAUUAUUUUGGAAGGGGAUAAUCUUACUAGGUUAUUCCCUGGAGCAUCCUUGGGUUGGCUUGGUUUUCAGCUGGACGGUAUUCACCUCUUUGGAAUUUUAACUGCCGUCAUUGUUCUACCUACUGUUUGGUUGAGGGAUCUUCGUUUGAUCUCAUAUCUUUCAGCUGGAGGGGUCAUUGCAACAAUCUUAAUAGCUCUUUGUGUGUUUUUCCUUGGUACAACGGACGGCAUUGGUUUCCAUCAAACUGGUGAAGUAGUGAACUGGAGUGGUAUUCCAUUUGCAAUUGGUGUUUAUGGGUUUUGCUACUCAGGGCACUCUGUGUUUCCGAAUAUCUAUCAAUCAAUGGCUGAUAAAACAAAAUUUACUAAGGCAUUGAUAGUAUGUUUCGCUUUGUGCAUUAUAAUAUACGGGGGUGUUGCAGUGAUGGGAUAUCUUAUGUUUGGCCAAGCUACCUUGUCCCAGAUAACUUUGAAUAUGCCACCUCACAGCUUUGCUUCUAAAGUUGCAAUAUGGACUACGGUCGUCAACCCAUUUACUAAAUAUGCGCUCUUGAUGAAUCCAUUGGCCAGGAGUAUAGAGGAGCUACUACCUGACACGGUUUCGAAUAGUUAUUGGUGCUUCAUUCUUCUAAGGACUGCACUCGUCAUUUCUUCUGUUUGUGCUGCUUUUCUUCUUCCCUUCUUCGGUCUUGUGAUGGCUUUAAUUGGUUCCCUCCUCAGUAUACUUGUGGCUGUAAUAAUGCCAGCAUUGUGUUUCAUAAAAAUCAUGGGGAGGAAAGCUACUAGAACACAGAUUGUUUUGAGCACAGGAGUAGCUACCUUAGGUAUCAUUUGUGCAAUGUUGGGGACAUAUUCGUCAGUGGCAAGGAUUCUUGAGAGUUAUUAAAAAUUCUACCAGAUUUGAAUGAAUUUUUGGUCUGUAGUUUGUCUCCUAUAAUUGACCAGCAUGCCCCCGGAGAUUUUCCCUCCCGCGCCAUAGAAGGGUUGCAUUGACGCAGGAAUUUAGUAUCCCAGCGGCGUUGCUACAUCAGUGUAGCCCUCAUUUCUGAAUUUGGAACCCUUGUGUUGACGUGUCUUCAAAUUGUAGUAAGAUAAAUUUUUUAUCAGUUUAUUAAAGACGUUUAAGUAUUGA